AGCUUCAAGGCUGAAUUGAAGAGAAGAGCAGGGAUUCUCCUCAGGCCGGCUGCUCCCACCGCGAUUCUUACUGGGAAUGGACGAUGGAAUGCUCUCUAGCUUUAUCAUGAUCAAAAACCUCCUUCUCUUUUGUAUUUCCAUGAACUUAUCCAGUCACUUCGGCUUGUCACAAGUGCCAACCAGUUCUGUAAAAGAUGCGACCAAUGACAACAUCACCAUAUUCACCAGGAUCCUGGAUGGGCUCUUGGACGGCUAUGACAACCGACUGCGGCCUGGGCUGGGAGAGCGGAUCACUCAGGUGCGCACCGACAUCUACGUCACCAGCUUCGGCCCGGUGUCAGACACAGAGAUGGAAUACACCAUCGACGUGUUCUUCCGACAGAGCUGGAAGGACGAGAGGCUGCGGUUCAAGGGGCCCAUGCAGCGCCUCCCCCUCAACAACCUGCUCGCCAGCAAGAUCUGGACCCCGGACACCUUCUUCCACAACGGGAAGAAGUCCAUCGCGCACAACAUGACCACCCCCAACAAGCUGCUGCGGCUGGAGGACGACGGCACCCUGCUCUACACCAUGCGCUUGACCAUCUCCGCCGAGUGCCCCAUGCAACUUGAAGACUUCCCGAUGGAUGCCCACGCCUGCCCUCUGAAGUUUGGCAGCUACGCAUACCCUAACACGGAAGUCGUCUACGUCUGGACCAAUGGCUCCACCAAGUCUGUGGUGGUGGCCGAAGACGGCUCCAGACUGAACCAGUACCACCUUAUGGGGCAGACGGUGGGCACUGAGAACAUCAGCACCAGCACGGGCGACUACACGGUCAUGACAGCGCAUUUCCACCUGAAGAGGAAGAUUGGCUACUUCGUCAUCCAGACUUACCUGCCCUGCAUCAUGACCGUGAUCCUGUCCCAGGUGUCCUUCUGGCUGAACAGAGAAUCGGUCCCCGCCAGGACGGUUUUCGGGGUGACCACAGUGCUGACCAUGACGACGCUCAGCAUCAGCGCACGCAACUCGCUGCCCAAAGUGGCCUACGCCACCGCCAUGGACUGGUUCAUCGCCGUGUGCUAUGCCUUCGUCUUCUCCGCGCUGAUUGAGUUUGCCACAGUCAACUAUUUUACAAAGCGAGGCUGGGCUUGGGACGGCAAAAAAGCUUUGGAAGCGGCCAAGAUCAAGAAAAAAGAACGUGAACUCAAGCUAAAUAAGCAAACCAAUGCUUAUACUACUGGGAAGAUGACCCACCCUCCCAACAUCCCAAAGGAACAGACCCCAGCAGGGACCUCCAGCGCUCCCGGCGUCUCUGUCAAGUCUUCGGAAGAGAAGGCUUCCGAGAGCAAAAAGACUUACAACAGCAUCAGCAAGAUCGACAAGAUGUCCCGAAUCGUGUUUCCUGUCUUGUUUGGCACUUUCAAUUUAGUUUACUGGGCAACGUAUCUGAACAGGGAGCCAGUGAUUAAAGGAGCUGCCUCUCCCAAGUAGGCCGCUGUCCCCCCGCUGGCCACGGAAGCCGCCCCGGCGCCAGAGGGGGCUGGGUGCAGAAGGACUCUCCACACCCGGGCGGGCGCUCUCCUUCAGGAAAAUGUUUGCAUGUUUAACAGUACACACCAAUACUAUUGGCUUGAUGUCUGUAUGUGUAA